AUGGACUCUAAACAAAGGAUAAAUAAACAGAAUGACAUUUUACGACAUUAUAUAAGCCCAGAAGUUGGUACUGGCUUAUAUUCCAGUGAAACUCUACUAGGAAGUAAUUUGAAAUCUCAAAUAGAAUGUGACUAUAUCAGACCAAAUAAUAUAAGUGAAAUAUAUCCAAUACAGUCAAGUCUUUCAACUUCUAGUACAAUUAAUGAAACUAUGCCACUAAUAUCAUCAUACACAGGUCCAAGAAGAUCUUUGAAUCAUUCCCAGUUAUAUCAGAGUUCUAUAUGCUCUCCAGUAUUGAGUAGUACACCAUAUUCAUUAAAUAGUACUCGCCAACAUUCUCCACAUUUUUCAUUAAGUCCUGCUUCUUCUCCAAGAAAUAUCUCUCCUCCUCCACUAGAUAUAAGUUCGAGCUCUAUAAAUAUAGGACUUACAAGUUCUACCACUUCACCUCGCUCUCAUAUACCUCAAAUCCCAUGCACUAGUUCUAAGCUCAGCCCCUUGAUUGGAGCUGAGAGUACAAGAGCAGAAAGUGGAUUACUUCAAUUAACUGAAAAGGUAAUUAAAUAUGCUAGGCAAAAUCGAGAUUUAGAGAUUGAUUUACAGGAAAUAGAAUAUAAACUAGGUGUACCGAGAAGAAGGUUAUAUGAUAUAACAAAUGUACUUGAAGCAAUAGGAUUAUUUGUGAAAAUUCGCUGUAAUGUCUAUAAGUUGAAUUUAGAUAUACCAAAUAGUCUACUACAUGGCUAUGAAAAUGAUGAUAAUUUAACUUUUUAUAUGCAAAUGCUGAGGGAUACUGAGCAGAAUAUUGAAUUUGUUCAGAAGGAAAUUAAUCAGUUGAUAUAUAAUGCAGAAGAAGAAGGGAUAUUAUAUGCUGAUACUUAUAUGCUAUCAGGAUUAUUUCCUACUAACUCAAACAAUGUAGUUUCUAUUGAAAUUCCAAUUUAUACAGACAUAAUUUUAAAUCGAAAUCAAUACUCCUAUCAACUACUUAAAUCUAUUAGAACAAGAGUAGUAUGGAAUAAAGAAUCAAAUAAAGUUUUAUGUUCUACUAAUUCAGAUCAUAAGUGGAAUAUUUUAUUGCAGAAUAUGGACUUACCAUUAAAUAUAAAUACUUUACAUGGCAAUAUAAAUGUAACAGAGGAAGAAAGUCAAUUAGUACAUUUAUUAGAAUUUCCAGAAAUGAAGAGCAUUGUCAACAAUUCUAUUGGUCAUCUCUCACCUAAUGAGCUAUAA